CAAAAUCAUAAAAUAUUCAGAGGACGUGUGAGAGAAGAAGAAGCCAGAAGCAGCUACAGUGUCAAAAAGAUCGCAAUGUCCACAACCGUCGAUCUUCAUCUCUCUCCCUCUCUCUCUGCCAUCUGACCUGUGCGUUUGCAGAUAUUCAAACAGCUCAUCCCCUUCUUCGCCUCUUCGAUUCUCAAUAGCUGAUUAGGUUUCCUCGAUUUCAAUCCGUACCUCGUCGAUUCGGCGGAUUUUGGAAUUUUUCAACCUUAAAGAAGUGUAAUCAGAGGGAGAGGGAGAUAACAGACAAGGAGGAAGAUGACGGAUUCGAGUCUGAUGAUGCCGGUGGAGAUGGCGGAGUUUUUCGCGACGGCGAUGACGAAUUGGUGGGACGAUGUUAACGAGUCAACUCACUGGCAGGAUGGGAUCUUCUUCGCUCUCUGUGGAGCUUAUGCUCUAGUUUCCGCCAUCGCUCUAGUCCAACUGGUAAGGAUCCAAAUGAGAGUACCUGAAUAUGGCUGGACAACUCAGAAGGUGUUUCAUCUUAUGAACUUUGUCGUCAAUGGAGUUCGUGCGGUGCUGUUUGGAUUUCACAAACAAGUAUUUCUCGUGCAUCCCAAGGCUCUUUGCUGGAUAUUAUUGGAUCUUCCGGGCCUCCUCUUUUUCUCGGCAUACACACUGCUCGUUCUAUUCUGGGCAGAGAUAUAUCACCAGGCAAGAAGCUUACCAACGGAUAAGCUGCGGAUAACCUAUAUAUCAGUCAAUGUAGCUGUAUAUUUGGCUCAGGUAGCUAUAUGGGCAGUCAUCUGGGUACAUGAUAACAGCACUGUGGAGUUAGUUGGGAAGAUAUUUAUGGCAGUUGUGUCUUUCAUCGCCGCAUUAGGCUUCUUGCUUUACGGAGGAAGAUUGUUUUUUAUGCUCAGAAGGUUCCCUAUUGAGUCAAAAGGAAGAAGGAAGAAGCUCCAUGAGGUUGGAUCUGUGACAGCCAUAUGCUUCACCUGCUUUCUCAUAAGAUGCAUUGUGGUGGCUGUAUCAGCUUUUGACAUGGAUUUAACGCUCGAUGUUCUUGAUCAUCCGGUUCUGAACUUAAUCUACUAUAUGGUGGUUGAAGUACUGCCAUCGGCAUUAGUCCUUUUCAUUCUGCGUAAGCUUCCUCCAAAGAGAGUAUCAGCUCAAUACCAUCCGAUCCAGUAGCAGUCAUGGCUAUGACCCAUGGCGAGUGGGGCGACCGCCCCGGUGUGUUAGACCCGAGUUUUUUUUUUUUUUUUUUUAAUGUUUCAAAAUUUGAUUAUAAAAAGUCCAUGAGCUAUUAUAAUUUUUUUUUUAAAUAGCAAAUUCUUAAUCUAUUUUAUCUAUUGUUGUCCAAACUUA